GCCGCAAGAAGCAAAACCUCGCCAGAUCCCCUUGUCAAUUCAUCUCUAGCACUUCCCAAGUGCCAAAUCUUGGCCCCCAACGCAUCGUCCGACGUUCUCCAGUCUGUUACCACAAGCGACUAUCAUGGGGCCUUUCAUCAGAUUGCGUUAGCAUUGCGUUAGCCUGUGCCUUGCCUUCGUAUACUCGCCAACAUUUAUCUCCCAGGAGUCGAUUUCCUCCUCUUCUCUCUCCUCCAUCGCUGGCCUGUCCUUUAGGUCCGGAUAGCCUCCCCGGUGCGUGUGGCUAUGGGGAUAGCGCUGCAGAAAUUGCGAGCCCUAGCUUCGCUUUUGCUCUUCUCUUUCUGAUCCUUCACUUUCCAAAUCAGGUCCUCAACGGCUGUGCUCGCUCUAUUGUUGCUCUUUUCGUGAAGUUUUCUAGCCGAUAUGGCGUUUCUCUUGCCAGGAUGGGUAAUUCAAGCGCUCUGAAGCCUGGUUAGAUCAGAACCACGCCGUCGGUUACGAGAUCAUAGCCGAACUGCUGGACGAACGGAACACGCGAGUAGAUGCGGACCAAUCUGAACUCGUCGCAUUGCCGAGCUCUCCAUGGAUAUAUUAUUAAGAUGCUUACCAAGACUCUCGUAGAUUCCC